AUGGCGACCAUUCAUAAAGAUUCGUUGGAUAUGAUGGAGAAGGAUGCGGCAUCCGGUACACUGGAAAAAUCGAAGAUUUUAAACUGUUUGUUCUGGAAGAGCAAUGAUAUAUAUGAUCCGGUAGCGAUGAUCGGACAAUCGAUUGAUCAACCGCACGCAGAUAAUGGUCAGCAUUCGCGCCAAUCAUCGCAACCGAACGUUACUGAUUCCGUACUGGAUCUGCUUGACAAGCAUGCCUUGUGGAAAUGCUUAAGCGUCCCUAGCGACGAUGAUGGAUGUGAAUACUGUACUCUGCAGCCGAUUGAAAUGCAACUGUUCCCGAAGCACCACAUUUAUACGAAUGGCAAACUGUCCUGUCCUUUGCUGCUGGCUCGCGAGACGUGCGUAUAA